GAUUUCAAGAGCAACAUGUUUAAUGUUUAUUGUUUUGAUUCGGAAGCACAUUUGGACGCUGAAAUGUCUAGUUAUUGGCCAAAAGAGGAGCGCAGCUUCUGCUCCUGGGAGAAAAUAGAGGCUGAACAGGACUACGAUACGAUAAUAAUCGAUGAUGAUGAUGAUGGAUCUGAUAGUUAUCACUGGCGUCGUAAAAUGAAGUCUGAAUCCCCAUUUGAAGACAAGGGGUUCGAGUCCCCAUUUGAUGACAAGGGGUCCCUUUCCCCGCAGGACGAUUUCCCGGAUCACAAACCAACAGGACCUCAGCCAGCCAAGCAAAAGACGAAUAAAAAGAACCCCUACCAGAUGCGAAAGACCAAGGUGCAACUGGCUCGCCAUAUUCUCGCCAGGAUUGCCAAGAACGAGGCGGAAGGAAGGACGCAUCCCAAAGAUGCGAAGGACAAAGUUCGAUGCCAGGCGAUGUUGAAGAAAUUGGAACGCCACAGCCGGAGGAAUACGCAGGACAUCCAGCCCACGAAACCGAUGCCAGAUCGCUCUGUGGUUAAGAACGGUAGAACGCCGCCCAAAAGAUCAAGGCGUACAGGUCCGUCCGGAUCUGGAAAGCUUGAUGAGGAGGCCAAGGACAAUCUGGUGAUGGCCUUGGUGGACGAGCUGCAUGAGGACGGCUAUCUGCUCAAUCAAAAAUGGGAGGAGAUCGAGACCAGGCUGGCGAACAUGGUCACUGACAGACUGAUGGCCGUGCCAGACGGUCCUAUCCCGUGCUUUGACUCUUCCGACGUGAUCCGAGGUCACCGCGUGAUCAGAUGCGAAGACGGCUUCUCGAAGAUCUUCCUGUCGGAGUGUGUGGACGAGAUUGGCGACAGCUGGGAUGGCCUACGCAUCAGGCUAGUCCAUGUCAGCGAGAUUCCCUGGAGGCCGCGUGCCCGCAUCUGGUUGCCCAAGGGUCAAAGGGAUCACAACCGGAUCCUGAGCUGCCUGAGAGCACAGAACCUCGAUAUAGACAUGUCGGACUGGAGCAUUCUCACCGCAGAGCAGGAAAUGAAGACAAGUCAGUCGUUCUCGUUCCUUAUAAACCGUCGCUGUCUUCCCCAACUGGAAGCCGCCGGCUACAAGGUUCGCUACGGCAUUCGAAUGGCCAAGCUCAAGGUGUUUUCUUCCGAAUCAGACGAGUUGCCUAUGGAGAACGAAGAGCUCAAGACCUGGAGACAUGAAGACGCCAUACCACACUUCAGUAACUCUCGACUUUCCUCCCAAGAGAGAUGCAAACGUGUGGACUGGAAGUGAAAAACCUAAGGCCGAAGCCAAGUUCAAUAUUUUACUCCAAAUCGACGUUAAACCUCAGGAAAGGUGUAAUUAUAAGAAAUAACUAUAAGAGUUACAAAGCCAACUACGUUUUGUAUGACGGAUUGUACAUAUAUCAAUCUAUACAUUUCCUGAAAAGUAAAUUUUGUCACCUUUUGUCAUCAAACUUCUUUAAAAUGCCAAGAAAGUAUAUUGUUACAAUUGAUUAAAAAUUAUAA